GGAAGGAUAUUAUUGUCGUUCUAACCGGAAGUCGCUGAGGGUAACCAGUUUAGUGUAUUGGAGCUUUCAACCUAUUUUUAAAUAGCGGAGUAGUGUCAAAACAGUGCCAUUGAGAAAGGUUUGGUCUCUUUUGCAUCCCUUAAUAUUUGGCUAUGUCAUUCAUAUUUGAUUGGAUAUACACUAGUUUUAGUAAUGUACUGCAGUUUUUGGGAUUGUACAAGAAAUCAGGGAAAUUAGUGUUCUUAGGACUGGACAAUGCUGGAAAGACAACACUACUACACAUGCUCAGGGAUGACAGAUUGGGGAUUCAUGUGCCAACAUUGCAUCCUACCUCUGAAGAGCUGACAAUUGCUGGAAUGACAUUCACUACAUUUGACCUGGGUGGACAUAAACAAGCUCGCAGAGUGUGGAAGAACUACCUCCCAGCUAUCAAUGGUAUUGUUUUCCUCGUGGAUUGUACAGACCACGAAAGACUGGUGGAAUCAAAGAUGGAACUUGAUGCACUAAUGACAGAUGACACUAUUUCUAAUGUUCCUAUUUUAAUCCUUGGCAACAAAAUUGACAAACCCGAAGCAAUCAGUGAGGAAAAGUUACGAGAAAUAUUUGGACUCUAUGGUCAGACAACAGGAAAGGGAAAAAUGUCACUGAAGGAGUUGAAUGCAAGACCUCUAGAAGUCUUUAUGUGCAGUGUCCUUAAGAGACAAGGCUAUGGAGAAGGAUUCCGAUGGCUGGCACAGUAUAUUGAUUAGAGUCUCUUGCUACAAGGAACUUUCAUUUAUUACCCUUGACUAGAUAAUCUAGUCUAUUCAUUUUCUGAACAGUCAGUAUGUCCAGCUUGAAUUUGGUAAACUUGUUAUUCAGUCAUAUUGUGUCAGUUGUGCUGAAUCACCAGGUACAACAAAUGAAAAAAAUCCAUUUGCAAGCUUUUUUUUUUUUUUUUUUUUUGAAGAUUAAAGUGGGCUUUUUCCAACACAAUUCAGUAAUCCCACCCACCCCAUGCAGUUUAACUUUUGGCAGGUUGCAUCACCCUUUUUGGACUGAAUGACUUUGCAGUACACAAUAUAGGAAUGCACUUUUUAAUACAAGAGCUACAAAUAUGAAUAGUAUUUAAUGAUCAUAAUAUUAAAUUUUUAUGUACUAUUUUUUUGAAAAUGUUUGGUUCAAUAAACCUGAAAAAUGCAAUUGUA